GUUAGUAAGACACCUCGGUAGCUUGCUAGACAAAAUAGCCGAACAAAUUAGACGCUUUCGUGUAUAUUAGCCACUGUGUUUUAAACCCACUUCUGACGUCUAGUUAGUUAUCAGAUUUAAUUUCAUAUUUACGGUGUUGUUGUUAUUAUUCAGCUCGCUGACUUGUUAAGAUAGCAUUAGCCUAGCUAGCUAACAUCUCCGACCAUGAGUUCACUAAGAUACUCUCCUCCUGCUAAAGAGGAAGUCUGCUGGACGGCGAAAGAGGGUCUGUGGCUGAACAUUGCCGUAAAAGAGGAGAAGGAAGAGGAGGAUGUCACUAUACAAAAACAAGUUGAGGUUGAGGCUGUUAUCGUGGAAGAAGAAGAGAAAUACAUUUCAGUGAAAGAAGAGGAAGACGCGUUCAGAGUGAAAGAGGAGGAGGAAGAGAAAGAGGAGGAUGCUGUUUUUGGAAUGAAAGAGGAGGGGGAGAUGAUUGUUACAUCGAAAAAGGAGGUGGAAGAAGAGGAGGAAACUGGAUAUCUGGGCCCGGUUUCCCAAACGCAUCUAAAGGCGUCCAAUGGUUCUAACGAUGAACUUAGCCAUAAGAUGGUUUUGAGAAACCGUUCCCUGAUUAACACUAGAUCAGUGUCUCGAAAUCUGGACAGUUGCUGCUCUGACGAAAUUGACCGUGAGAGAGACACAGAUGGAAUGGAUGGCGAAUCUGUCAGUGACCACAGUUUUGAUUCCAGCGCAGAAGAAAUGUUUUUGGAAGGAAAAGAUCCACUUUUAGAUCAUGGUAGAGACUCUGACUCUGAUGACCUCUGGGUGCCACUCCAAAGAGACCACAGUCCUCCAUCCCCAACUCGUUCAAACGUAGGAACUGGUUCCUCCAGUCUGACCCCUGCUGCUGCUGUCUCUGGCUCCACACCCACCCCGGCCCGGCCAUCUAGAGGUGUGAAGAGGCCAGCCCAGAAGCGGAGGAGGGCCAGUGAACCAGCGGCAACUACCACCGAGGCAGAGGACCGUUGGCACACUGUGCUAGAAGAUGAUGUGGAGCCACUUCCACCAACAUUUAGACCGAAAAGACAGCCAGGACCUCAGCUGGACAUGACUGCAAAGUACAGCCCCCUUCAUCUUUUCCAGAUGUUUUUCUCCUUGUCAGUUCUGGAUUCGCUGGUGUCUAACACCAACAAGUAUGGGGCUAAGAAACAAGCAGGCAAGAAAGAGGCAUGGAAGCCCAUUUACGUCCAAGACCUGUACUGUUACAUCUCACUGGUUAUUUACAUGGGGCUUGUGAAGUUGAAAAACCUGAAGGACUACUGGAGAACGUCAACACUCUACCGACUGCCUUUCCCCACAACUGUCAUGUCUUGUAACAGGUUUCUGACUAUCUCACGGGCGCUUCAUAUCAGUGACCCACAAGCUGACGACGACAAUGACAAGAAGAGAGGCACAGCAAGCGUUGAUAGGCUCUGCAAAAUCAAACCUCUCUACCCCAGCAUGGUUGAGGCCUGCAAGACCCAUUUUCAGCCUAACCAGAACCUGUCCAUAGAUGAGAGGAUGGUAGCCUCAAAGGCUAGGAUUGGCCUCAAACAAUAUAUGCGUAACAAGCCAACAAAAUGGGCUUACAAACUGUUUGUUUUGACCGAUUCUGUGUGUGCCUACACUUGGAAUUGUUUUGUUUACGAGGGUAAAUCCAUCUCAGCCACUGGUAAGGGACUUAGUUAUGAUUCCGUUAUGGAAUUAUUGGAUUUUCCAUUGCUUGGGACGGGCUACAAACUGUUUGUGGACAACUUCUACACAAGCCCUACCCUGUUCACAGACCUGAGGAAGCUGGAUGUGUGGGCUUGUGGGACCAUUCGUACCAACAGGCAGGGCUUUCCAAAAACUAAAGUGAACGACAUGCCUAAGAGGGCUGAUAGGGGUACCAUGAGAUGGAUUCGUAAAGAUGACCUGCUCUUUGUAAAGUGGAUGGAUACCAGAGAGGUGGUCAUGUGCACCACUAUCCACAAAUCCUUCAGUGGCAAUCACGUCGUCAGGCGUGUGAAGGACGCUAAUGGGGCAUGGACCACAAAGAAUGUCCCCAUUCCUGCUGCUGUAAAGGACUACAACAAGAGCAUGGGAGGUGUGGACCUGUCAGACGCUCUGAUAGGCUACAACAAUGUUCUCCACAAGACAAUGAAAUGGUACAGGACAGUGUUCUAUCACUUCAUUGACAUUGCUGUGGUGAAUGCAUUCGUCCUCCAGAAGGAAAUGGCUAAGAGCUCUGGACAGACCUCCAUGACACAGCUAGCCUUCAGAGAGCUGCUCAUCCGGGAGCUUGCUGACUACGGCACAAAGUCCACAGCAGCACCUUCUGUCUGCUCUACAUCUGUCCCCUCUACUCCUGUCACCAGAGGUGUUCACCUGCCAAAAUACAUCACUGCAGACCUGAAUGUGCCUCUGGGCAAAAAGAGCACAGCAGGGAGGCGUCGUUGUGUUCUGUGCCACAAGAAAUCUCCCAUCACCUGCACUACUUGUGCUGUUACCCUCUGCUUCACACCAAAAAGAGACUGCUAUGGGACUUGGCAUCAGGAGCACAAUCUGGUGUAGAGGACUGUGGGUGUUCUAAAUCCUCUAAUUGUAAAUAAAACAUGUUUUUCACUUUGUGUAUGGUUUGCCUCACAAGUCCUCAAUUGGCAGCUUCAUUAAAUAGUACCCGCAAAACACCAGUCUCAACGUCAACAGUGAAGAGGCGACUCUGGGAUGCUGGCCAUCUAGCCAGAGUUGCAAAGAAAAAGCCCUAUCUCAGACUGGCCAAUAAAAAUAAAAGAUUAAGAUGGGCAAAAGAACACAGACACUGGACAGAGGAACUCAGCCUAAAAGGCUAGCAUCCCAGAGCUAAUAAAUGUACUGUCAGAGCAAAUAUUAUUCAUUGUUUUUAUGACAUUUUUUUGUGUAUUUCAUUUUUUACUUUAGUUUAUUUUGUAAAUAUUUUCUUAACUAUAUUUUCUUAACUGUGUUGUUGGUUAAUUGCUGUAAGUAAGCAUUUCACGGUAAGCUCUACACCUGUUUGUAUUCGGCGCAUUUAACAAAUAAACUUUGAUUUGAUUUAGCUAUACAGCCUGAUAAUCCAGUAAUGGUGUAUACCUAAAUCAGCAUGUUGUUUGUGCAACAGUAUCUUCUAAAUCAAAGAGGAAUACACGAAGCAAGAAUAUGUUAGCUACAUGAAGUAGCUAAGAGAAAAUAUGUAGCCAAAAAUUAAACGGUGCUUUAGGAAACACUUAUCAACACUUUGGUUCCUACCCUUUCACAAUACAGUUGAAGUCGGAAGUUUACAUACACCUUACCCAAAUACAUUUAAACUCAGUUUUUCACAAUUCCUGACAUUUAAUCCUAGUACAAUUCCCUGUCAUAGGUCAGUUAGGAUCACCACCAGGAAAUGCAGAAGUUGAUGAUAAUGCAGAAUAUUAUUUUAGGUUGAAGUUGAGUUGAACAGUAUAAAACAAUCAGAAUGGAGAAAGACCCAUUGAAAUCACUUAGAAUGUAUGUGUUGUCACCCCAGGGUCACAAUACUACUCAUAAAGAACAUUUAGAAUGUGUGUGUUGUCACCCCAGGGUCACAAUACUACUCAUAAAGAACAUUUAGAAUGUAUUUGUUGUCACCCCAGGGUCACUAUACUACUCAUAAAGAACAUUUAGAAUUUGUAUUAUUAAAAAACAUCAAAUACCA